AUCCCUGUGAGGGGCAGCCGUGUUUGAACGGUAUCUGCUUCGUAUCAGCUAGCUCAUGCAAUGAAUUCAUAUGUCUGUGCUCUGGAUGUUUUGUCGGAGAUACAUGUGAGACAGAGCUUGAUCCGUGUUCACCAAACCCCUGUGAAGCUGGUGGUGCAUGUCAGCCAGUCCCUGGAAACUGUCAGCAAUACACAUGUAACUGUCCCAGCUGCUUUGUGGGGCAAGAAUGUCAAACAGAUGUUGACCUCUGUACGACGGCUAACACUUGCCAGAACGGAGCAAGUUGCCUACAGAGAGCAGACUGCAGUGGGAUUCAGUGUACCUGUGGCCCCUGUCAUACGGGAGAACUCUGUGAAACAGCUAUUAACUUCUGUGCAUCUAAUCCAUGUCAGAAUGGUGGAUUCUGCAUGAAUGGUUGCCCCUCGUAUUCAUGUAUCUGCGACCAGUGCUGGAAUGGAGAAAACUGUGAAAUAGCUGCUGAUUCAUGUAGCAGUGAUCCAUGCCAGAACGGAGGAACAUGUAAUAGACUCUGUGAUAUCUAUAGCUGUACAUGCCCAUCGUGCUUCACAGGCAUUCAUUGUG